AUGGACCACAUCGACACAAUUUCCUCCUUUGUCGAAGGAGCCCCUCCAGGCGAACUCGACGACGUCAUUGCAGAUAUCAAGGCCCUUACGAUAUCGAACCCCCACGUCGUCGCCAAACUCGGCCCUGCCUUCGAGAAGUACAAUGAAGAACAGUUCACAACGGUUAAGCUGCCCGGGGGCAGUCAGCAUGUCAUCGUUAGUUCACACAGCUCCCUCGGCGACGGGAGGUAUUACGACGUCGGAAGCUCGUCCAGCUUCCACUUCGACCACCAGAAGCGACAAGCAAGCGCCGUACAGUCCCAUGUCCUAGAUAGCUCCCACACCGACCUCGUGACCUCCGUGUUGAAGAGUCUCGGAACCUACGUUGGCGAGCAUUACCCCAAUGCUACAUACGGUGUCUAUCCCAUCGAAAACGACUCCAAGGUUGCAAUCAUCAUUGUUGCCAACAAGUACAGCCCGAACAACUUCUGGAAUGGACGAUGGAGAUCGUUCUAUAUCUUCGAUCCCUCAUCCGGAAACCUCGAAGGCUCGAUUAAAAUCGAUGUGCACUAUUACGAGGACGGCAAUGUCCGCCUUCUGACCAACAGACCGAUUUCAGUCUCGAUCGCUUCCGGCACUGGCAGUGGUAUCGUGAAGGAAAUAUCAGCGGCCGAGAAGAAGUAUCAGGAGGAGGUGAACAGGGCAUUCACAGGCCUGAGCGAGGGUGCAUUCAAGAACCUACGAAGACAGCUACCGGUAACGAGGCAAAAGAUCGAGUGGGAGAAGGUGACGAGUUACAGGUUAGGCCAGGAUAUCGGUGGUGGGAGCUCCAGGAGAUAG